CCACAGGGCCCAUCGUGUUUCUCGAUUCCCGAUCCCUCUCCACCCACCGCCUCCAGAUCCUUCUUUAGAUAUGGGUGACGACCUCGAGGAGCGCCUCAAGAGCCAUGCUCAGGCCUUUGAAGGUCUCAUGUCUCUGAUCCCCGCCAAGCAGUACUAUGCACAGGACACCAGCGACCAAUGGCAGCGUAAGAAGCAGACCAAGGCCCAGAAGAAGGCCGCAAAGCGCGAAAAGCUCAACCCCGACAACCACCAGAGCGCAAAGGAUGUCAUGGACGAAAAUGAGCGCAAGCGCAAGCGUGAGCUGGAGGGCGACGACUACUCCUCCGACCCAGAUGCGCCGGGCAAGGAAAAGCCUCGUGAGGGCCUGAAGCCUACCGGCAAGGAGCCGAAGAAGCAAAAAACCGCCGAGAGCGAAAAGCCCGAAGAGGACGAAGAGACGCGUCGGAAGAGGGAGGAGAAGCAGAAGCAGAUUGAGGAGAGGCGAGCCCUGAAAAAGCAGAAGCAACAAGAGAAGGCUCAAACGAAGAAGACUCGCCAAGAAACGUCCUCCGCCAGCGCGCCUAACCCGGAAGAGCAACAAAAACCUACCCAAAAGAAUACCGGUGAUAAAGUCAAGGAGAGCGUCGAGCAGGACGACGAUGACGAAGCUAGUGUUGGCGCAGACGAGGAGAUUGACGAGGUGGACGUCAGCGGCCUCAUGGAUGAAGAGCAAGAAGGCUCGCAAUCUUCUGCAUCUCCUUCGCCAGAACCGGAGUCCCCAGCCUCAUCAGCCGUCCCUUCCGCAUCCUCUUCAUCAUCCAUUGUCCCCCCCACCAAUUCUUCCACCACACCCGCUAAAAUCCACAAACUUCCUCCCGCUGAGCAGGAGGUUCUAAGGCAACGGCUACAGGCCCGUAUUGACCAAAUGCGCGCCGCUCGCAGAGCCGAUGGAAUUGACGGCAAGCCUGCUCGCAACCGCCAGGAACUCAUGGAGGCACGGAGACGCAAGGAAGAGCAGAGGCGUAGUCACAAAAAGGAGCUGCGCAAGCAGGCGAAAGAUGAUGAGCAACGCGCAAAAGCCGAGGCGGAGCUAGCGCGUCUGCGCGGGUCUGGUUCGCCGGGUACUCCGGACAUAUUCUCACCGCAAGGGGAGCAAAAUAACUUUUCCUUUGGGCGCAUCACCUUUGACGACGGACAACAAUUGGAUACAUCCGCAACAAGUCUGCUUGACGCACGGAAGAAGAGAGGCAAGCAGGAUCCCAAAACGGCACUUGAGGCUGCAGAGAAGAAGAAACAGCGUCUGGCGGGCCUGGACGAGGAAAAGCGCAAGGACAUUGAGAACAAGGAUCUCUGGUUAAAUGCUAAGAAGCGGGCGCAUGGUGAAAAGGUUCGCGACGAUGUCUCACUGUUGAAGAAGACGUUGAAGCGGAAGGAGAAGCAAAAAUUCAAGAGCGAAGUGGAGUGGAAUGAGCGUAUCCAAGGCGUCGCAAAGGGCAAGGAGAUGAAGCAGAAGAAGCGCGAGGAGAAUUUGAGGAAGAGAAGAGAGGAGAAGGGCGUUAAGAAGGGCGGCAAGCCCAAGGGUGGCGCGAAGAAGUCAAAAGCGAGGCCUGGUUUUGAGGGUAGCUUCAGGAGCAAGGCCAAAUGAGGGUCCAUGUAACGUAGGGGCUUAAUGCCGGACAGGGUCCAUUGACAUGAUCUUCAUCGUGCUUCUUGGUCUUUUGAGGCUUCUCCUUGGAAUGGCAGUCUAAAAAAAGUUGAACAUAAUAAAUAACCCUUUUAUGAUCGUACAAUAUGC